UUCCAUGGACAUGCAGUGCUGAGAAGAUCAUGAUCUGAGGUCUUACAAAGUUGGCUUAUUGUUCAAUAUUUAGGCAAGAUUCCUUCGAUAAAAAAAUUGAAAUACUAUCUGAGGUGGACCAGUGAGGGAUGAUGUACUAGAGUACCAUAAGGUGAAAAACCUGAAGUGGAAGACAAAGAAAACAAUUCCACCAGUGCCCCAAUGGAAAGGCUCUCUCCCAGUCAAUUGGAGUAUUAGAACCAGUAGAUUACUUUCACCGCCUUUUCCACAAAGAAGUAAUAGAAGAUGUCGUCAGGCAAACUAAUCUGUAUGCUCUACAGUGCAAUGUCACUAGACCCCUCAAUGUUACUGUUGCAGAAAUGGAGCAGUUCAUUGGAGUGUGUUUCUACAUGUCUAUCCAUGGCUUGCCAAAACCAGGUUGUUCUGGAAUCCCCAAACGAGGGUGGAGAUUGUCGCAAGCACCAUGACUGUGAAUCGAUGGGAAAACAUCAAAAGAUAUCUCCACUUCGCUGACAACAACAACCAGGUGCCAGGGGGAGACAAGUUGUUCAAGGUGAGACCUCUCCUCAACUUCCUCAAUGACAGCUUCAACAGCAUCCCUAUGGAUGAAAUGCUCUGCGUGGAUGAGCAGAUGGUGCCAUUCAAGGGGAAAAGCCAACUGAAGCAGUACAUACCUAUGAAGCCGAAGCGCUGGGGCUACAAGUUUUUCAUCCUAGCAGACCAACAUGGCAUUGUAUACAACUUUGACGUGUACACAGGGUCCAUUCAACCUCAUCCUGGAUCCCCUGACAUUGGUGCCAGUGGAAACAUUGUGCUACAGUUGGCCUCAGCUAUCCCCACCAACAUUUCGCACAACUGGUUCUGCAUUAUGGACCUGCAGGUACUCCUGGAGAAAAAGAAGAUCCAUUGUGUCGGAACUGUGAGACAGAACCGCCUUGCAGGUUGCACAUUUAUGGACGAUGGUGCCAUGAAGGCAAAAGGACGGGGAACACACCAAGAGAAAAUGACCACUCACGAUGGUGUGAACCUAUGGGCCAUCAAGUGGUUUGACAACCGUCCCGUGGCCCUCCUGAGCACAUUUGUUGCAGCAAACCCCACCACAGAAGUGCAAAGGUGGGACAAGAAAGAGAUGGUCCGUGUCCCACGCCCCAACAUUGUGGCGGUAUACAAUAAGAGCAUGGGGGGAGUGGAUCUCCUGGAUUCUUUGAUAGCCCUCUACCGCAACAAGAUCAGGUCCAAGAAGUGGUACCAUCGCAUCGUCUUCCAUAUGCUCGACCUGACCCUGGUAGAGGCAUGGCUCCUCUACCGAAGAGACUGCCAGUCCCAAAUCCCAGAGAAUGCCCGUCUCCCACUUUUGGACUUCAAAAUCCAAGUGGCCUGCUGCCUAUGCAUGGAGAACAAAGUGUCCAACAAAAGAAAGGGGAGACCUUCACAAGUUGUCCUGGGGAAAAAGAAAAGAGGGCGCCACAGCUUUGUGCCACCUGAUCCAGUCAGAAGGGACAACACAGACCACUGGCCCUUGCAAGCAAACGAGAAGGGGAGAUGUCAAAUGCCAGGAUGCAAAGGCAUUGUGAUGAGCAAGUGCUCCAAGUGUGCUGUGUUCCUCUGCUUCACCCGAGAGAGGAACUGCUUCUUUGACUUCGACAAGGGGUGAAAUUGGGUCAGAAUGAAGAAUGUGAAUUUGAUUGAAAAACAUGUUGAUGACUAAAUGAAAUGAAUGAUGUUGAAUGAAAAAUGUUAAAUGAAAUUGAGUAGGAAAUAUUGUGAGGGGCAGUUGAAAAAUGUUAAAUGUAAUUGAAUAUGAAAUAUUGUGAGGAGCAGUUGCUCCAAGUGUGCUGUGUUCCUCUGCUUCACCCGAGACAGGGACCUGCUUUUUCGACUUGGCCAAGGUUGAAAUUUGGUCAGAAUGAAGAAUUUCAUGUGAAUUUGUUUGAGAAACAUGUUGAUGAUGACCAAAU